CUUUGUUCUAGUUAGUAAAUGGGCGUGUUUGCUCUGCGUGUUCAGUCUCUUAAAUUACCCGCUGUCGGAAAGGAAAUGGACUGAAGUUUGACAGCUGAGCCACAGGGCUGCUCUUGUUUACCUCAGGGAAUAAAGUAGAGAUGGACGAUUUCUGGGCGGGAGCCCUUUGGGCACUGAAGAUUUGGCUGUACCUCAUAAUCCUCCUCAUCAUGAUCCCUUCCAUGUUUGGAUUCUCACUGGGCAUUUCCGAGAUCUACAUGACCAUACUGGUGAAAACUUUGGAGUGGGCCACUCUGAAUAUACAGAAAGCAAAUUCAGAUGAAGGAACACUCAAACCCUCCUCAUCUAAUGGUCUCAUCCAAAGGGAAAAUGGAUCAAUGGAGAAGGAGCUCGAGGAACUUCGACGAAGUCGCCCAAAACCACCAGUGGGUGGUGAUUUUACACUAAGUGACUGUUUCUAUUUCAUCCGACAAGGGAUUGAGAGUAUUGUAGAUGAUCAGGUGACCCAGCGGUUCACUUCUGAGGAGCUGGUGUCCUGGAACUUACUGACUCGUACCAACAAUGAUUUCCAGUACAUAAGCCUGAAGCUGACACUGGUCUAUGGCCUUGGCAUCAUUGUGAGAUACUGCAUCCUUGCCCCCCUCAGAAUAACGUUGACCGUCAUCGGUGUGAGCUGGUUGGUAAUAGGAACAUCUGCAGUUGGAUUGCUUCCAAACUGGAGGAUAAAGUUCUGGCUCAGUGAGUUGGUCCAUGUGAUGUGCUACAGAAUCUGUGCUCGAGGACUCUCUGCCACCAUUCGCUAUCACAACAGGGAAAAUAAACCCAAAAAAGGAGGAAUCUGUGUUGCCAAUCAUACUUCUCCGAUCGACAUUGUGAUUCUGUGCACAGAUGGCUGCUAUGCUAUGGUGGGUCAGGUCCAUGGAGGCCUGAUGGGCAUUAUUCAGAGAGCCAUGGUGAGAUCCUGUCCUCAUGUCUGGUUUGAGAGGUCAGAGAUGAAAGAUCGCCAUCUAGUGACCAAAAGGUUGAAGGACCAUGUGAAUGACAAAAAAAAGCUUCCUAUAUUGAUAUUUCCAGAGGGAACUUGUAUCAACAACACAUCUGUCAUGAUGUUUAAAAAGGGAAGUUUUGAAAUUGGAACAACAAUAUACCCAGUCGCCAUUAAGUAUGACCCAAAGUUUGGAGAUGCUUUCUGGAACAGUUCCAAGCACAGCAUGGUCAGUUACCUGCUGAGGAUGAUGACCAGCUGGGCCCUUGUAUGCAAUGUCUGGUACCUGCCAGCCAUGCACCAACAGGAGGGUGAAGAUGCUGUCCAGUUUGCCAACAGAGUGAAGUCAGCCAUCGCUCACCAGGGAGGGCUGGUAGAUCUGCAAUGGGAUGGAGGCCUCAAGAGGGCAAAGGUGAAGGAGACAUUCAAAGAGCAGCAGCAGAAGAAGUACAGCAACAUGGUGGUGAGAGAUGACAGCAGCAGCAACAGCGACUGAGAUCCUCAGUCAGACUAAUAAACAAAGGCCUUGUCUUGUGUUGGAGAAUAUCUACUGGAAAAAAAAAUGCAAUGGUCCUCCAGUGUUUUCUCUCUGGCUGUAACUGACUGGAAAUACGCUACAGUAGAUUUAAAAAACUGUGAAAACUUAGGUACAGCUAAAGAGAGGGAAGGCUCAGUGAUUCAUAGAUAACACAAGUGCAAUAUUGAACAUUAUGAGGAACUGAAAAAGAAAAGCUCUCUGUGUUUACUGCUGCUUUAAAAAAGAGUUUGGGGUCACACAGCAUGUUCUAUAUUUUUAAUUUUUUAGAAAAUACAGAGACAUUUUGUUUCAGCAAUGAUUACUGCAGUGUUCCAGUGGCACAUUGAUUUAAAUGAUGCAAGUUCAACAUAUGAAAAGGAUGACUGAUUACUUUUUGCCCCCAUUGAUUACAGAAGCAUUAAGUGUCUGGAGCAACAGCACCUGUCGGUUUGACCAUAGUGUCAAACACUUCCAGUCAAACAACUUUAGGAUUUUGAAAACUAUAAUGCAACAAAGCUCCAUGCACUCAAUUAACCAACUGAGCUGUUUCUUUAAAGGGUACAACAGUUUUCAGCUGUGCUAACAUGAUCAUUUAGACUUUUGAUAAAUUUCUGGUAGCUAGCAGUGUGUUUGUAAUACAUAAAUAACAUUGCUGCAAUCAUAUGUUAGUUAUGAUUAUUAAUUCUACUGAUUCUACAACCUUUCGUCAAUAUUUCAGAGCAAAGUUAAGUGGUAUUAGAUGAAAACAAGCAUCCUUUUUUUUUCUCAGAAACAAAGACGUGUUAAGUGACCCCAAACUACUGAGCACAGUGUUUACUGAUGUGAAAUGUGUGAUUGCAGAUGAGCCACUGGUUCAACAAACUGGCUUGAUGAAUGUCUAAUUUGUCGACUUAAAUGUGUUCUACUUGUUGUGUUUUUUGGUUUGUUUGUUUGUCUACAUGUUGAAAGCCCAUGGUACAAAUGUUGUACUGUACAAAUGAAUUCAGGUGUUGCCAGGUAAUACUGCAAAAGAAUUCACGCUGAUAACUAACAAACCGUGCUAGUUCUCAGUUAACUUGAACGAACAAACACAUUUGAGUUCAAAACUGGCAGCAGCUUAGCAUUUGUUGUUCAAAAGGGAAAUUUGACCUCUUCUGCUCCUCAAAAGAAGCUCACAAGUUUGACACUUGAAUGAUGACCGUUAACGUUGUUGUGUGUGACAGUCCAGUUCAUUUAAUGACAACAUGAGCUGUAACUGCUUCACAGUAUAACGCACAGAACAGACUUUUUAGAUGGCUUCUCACUGGAUAGUUUUCCUGAAAUUUCAUCCUCAUGGCUUCCAUUUUUCUCUGGGACUUCCUCUUUGGGCCCUAAAAGCAGAUUGGAGAAGCAUUUGUUUUAGGGAGACUUUUUGAAUGUUGCAUGUCCUGAUAUUUUCUGUUUGUUUGUCAAACUGUCAAUAAUCUCACCAUCAUUUUCGUGAUUGCUGGGUUCUGUUUUGUCCUGAGUGCUCUGCUUAAAAACAAGUUUGAAUCAAUGAAAUUCUGUCUGAAAACCUUUAAACCACUCGGCCUUUGACUGAUGAAAGUACUCACCUGCAAGGAGUCCCUUUUUCUCUGUUGUUGUUUGAGUUCCUGAUAUCUGCAAGUAUUAAUAACAAAGUAGACAUAGCUAAGAAACUCUGCAGUCAGAGGAAUUACUUUGUGUUUUGUAGUUAGUUCCAUAAGUAUUCAGAUAAGAAUAUUCUUUGAAACUUUGAAACAUCUAGACAAGCCAAGAACAAACUGGAGGAGGUAGGUGUGAUAUUGUCAAAGUGUACAAUCAGCCACUGGUUAGACUUAGAAAACCAGAAAACAUCUAAAUGCACAGUUCUGGAAAAAACAAAAUCUUUGGAAACCAAGACGAACUUGUACAAAAAUAAUGAGAAAUUAUGGAGAUGUGCCAGUGGAACUGGGUUAUUGGUGUUUAUAGUUUAUGUGAAAACUGAUCAGAGUGUGCUUCACAGUGCAAAUGGACAAUAAACUAAAGCAGACGGAAAAAGCAAACUAAGAGUUUCUCAAAGCAAAGAAAGGCUAAGAAGUCAGUCACCUGAUUUGAACCUAGUGUUUCAACUAUAAAACAUGCAAAACUGAAAGCAGAAAGCCCAACAAACAAGCAACAACUAAAAGAGACUGCAGAAAAAGAAACGAGCAUCUCAAGGGAGGAAAUACAGUAUUUAGUGAUGUCCAUGGUUUCUAGACUUACAAUCAGUGAGUACAAAGGAUUUUCAGCCAAGUAUCAAAACCGGUCUUUAUAUAUAAAACUAUGUUCGUUUGUCAAACUCAUUUUAAACCUAUGAAACUGGGAUACUAUGUGUAUUAAGGCUAUAAUUCCUAAAUAGCUAAUGCAAACUUGUUCUUAACUAUUGAAUUAAAGAAUCUUCGUUUUGAUUGGUUGAAUUAAAAUGUCCUUUGGUGUGGUGCAGAGGCAAAACUACAAAAACUCUCACUGUCCAAAUAAAAAAGGAUCUAACUGUAAAAA